AUGAUGCAAGGACUGAAAAACCGCACCAGGAAAGCCCUGGGUCUGCGAAGAAAAGACAGGGAUUCAGACACUACAAGUUCACCUGACAAAGAUGGAAAUGGAACUGGGAAGAAAGGAAGUAAAAAGGCGAAUGGAGCGCCCAAUGGGUUUUAUGGGGAAAUCGACUGGGAUAGAUAUGCUUCUCCUGAUGUUGACGAAGAAGGCUUCAGCCUUCGUCCUGGUGAUGAUGGGGACUCUGCCUCCAAGGGGAAGCACUUUUUCUCCUCCAGUGACUCAGAGGAUGAUGAGGACAGCAAGAGAAAGUUCAAAAUCAAGAUCAAGCCGCUGGUAACAGACAGUGCCAAGUGUCUGCCUCCCUCUAUGGACGAGCUCAAAGCCUCAGUGGGGGGCCUGGCGCUCUCUCCGUCUCUGAAGCGGAGUCCGAGACGUAGCCCGGGACAGAUGAAAAGAAAUCUUUCAUGUGAGGAGAUUGCAAGACCCAGAAGAUCCACACCCACUGCUGCCCCUGAGAUCCCCAUUGACAGGCUAUCACAAAACGCCCCUACUUAUUUUGGACUUCCCCCAGAGAUUAAAUAUGCACGAUACGAAGUGGUUCCAGCAGAUGUAUGGGGAGAAUCUAGACUACAUUCUGAAUCAGCUUUGAGCAGGAGCUUUCCUACAGGAGCUCCCCCUCCUCUACCCCCUAAAACCAUUCCUUCUAGAAGCCGCUAUGGAUAUCCGUCUGAAUGUGUUGCUGAUUUACCAAAUGGAAGAGCAGCUUGUAGUUCUGCACCUAUCUACCUGAAUGUCUUGUCCCCUGCGUCCCACCGAGGCUCGCCAGCUCCUGAUUUGGACGACGUGUUCGGACCUGUCGACGGCACGCACCCCCGGGAGGACACCGCGUCUCCCCGAUGGGUCACCUUUCCUGACGACCGACCUCCACCUCCGGAUGAACCCGCUCCGCCGCCCCCUCCUGACUCUCCAGCUCCCGGAACACCUCUGUCCACCCCAUCCACGCCCUGCCCGUCUCCCGGACCACCGCCGAAUGAGCCACCCCCGUCCCCGCCUGCAUUUUCACCAGGAUCACCCUUCACACCCCUGGACUCGCCCCCUCCUAUCAUGUUUGGGCCGCCCCCACCAGAUGAGCCGGCGCCUCCUCUCCCGCCCGACUUCUCGCCCUGUCAUCUGCCGCCCAUCUGCUUGGAUGAUGAGGCUCUGGAUGAGGAGGUGCUUCAGUUUGCGGAGUACAGUUCGUCGCCGGCGCCCACCAGCCCCGUGCCGCCCCUCCCAGUGGAAUGGAGGCACCGCACUGCUGUGACCUCUCCGUUGGUCACCAGUGGGAAAGGCACUCCUGACGGUUCAUACUUGAGAGAUGAUUUCCAAGACAUUGUGGGCUCACCUCGUGAACUGACCCCCAUUUUUAGGAGCACCCCACCUCCCCUUCCUCCCACCACUUACAGGUCCAUCAUGUCUUCCCCUGGGCCCCACUCCGGCAGUGGUCCUUCAUCUCCAGCUCGCUCAGUCACACCUCAGUCUGGGAGCAGUCCGGUCCCACCACCUCCUCCUCCUCGACCUUCAUCUCGUCCCAAGCUGCCUCCAGGGAAACCUUUCUCGGACCUUAGUCGGUCCUGCAGUCCUCCUGUUUCAAGCAGUCCUCCACCAUUUGCUCCUUUGGCCAGAGCAGAAAGUUCUUCCUCAAUCUCGUCCAUGACGUCACACAGCGCUGCAUCCACCCCAACCCUGGGGAUUCACACAGGAUGCUCCAGAGGGCCCUCUCCCCUCACCAUGGGACCACACGACACUCUACCAGUGGCAGCUGCCUUUACUGAAACAAUAAAUUCCUACUUCAAAGGCGCUGACCCCAACAAAUGUGUUGUGAAGAUUACAGGAGAGAUGGUACUGUCAUUCCCUGCAGGUAUCACCCGGCAUUUUGCAAGUCACCCAACUCAACCCACCCUCACUUUUAAUAUCAUCAACUAUAAUCGAUUAGACCAAGUCCUACCUAACCCACAACUGUUGUGCUGUAAAUCCUUGACACAGAGCACAAACAUCAAGGAGUUUUCUGUCAAUAUGCCAAACUUGAUGAGCCAUCUCAAGAAGAUUGCCGAACAGAAACCACAGGCGACUUACUACAAUGUGGAUAUGAUCAAAUAUCAAGUGUCAGCUGAGGGCAUCCAAUCGACCCCUCUGAACUUGGCUGUGAGCUGGAGAGGUGACGCCAUCUCCACCGACCUUAGAAUAGACUACAAAUACAACAGUGGGGCUAUGGGUGUCCCUGCUCCGCUACACAACAUCAAUUUUGUGGUUCCUGUGGAAGGAGGCAUUGCCAAGCUCCAAACCAUGAUCCCUCCUGCCACAUGGACUCCAGAUCCACAGACCUUGCAGUGGAGAAUCUCCAGCCUUUCUCAUAGAUCUGAGAAUGGAGGAGUGGGAGCUUUACUGGGACGUUUCCAGAUGAUCGAGGGUCCAUGUAAGCCCUCACAGGUGUCUGUUCACUUCAGCUCUGAGGGCAGCACUCUCUCCGGAUGUGACAUCCAGCUUGUGGGGACUGGAUACAGGCUCUCUCUGGUCAAAAAGAGGUUUGCAGCAGGAAAAUAUUUGGCAGAUUAA